AUGAGUUCAUCAAAUAAUAAAAUUCUUAAAGCAAAAGUAGAGGGCAUUAAAAGCUCAGACUUGGACAUGUUUAAAAGUUUGAUAAUACCAUUUAAUGCGAUCGUCGAACAAUAUAACAAAGAAGACGGAUCAGCGACAGUACAUUUUAAAAGCGGUAUAGAUAAGAAGCAUUUAGUUGGUCUAGGAAAAUAUACAAUUAAACCCAUGACGUAUGAGUCAAGUGAUACGAAUGAUCAGAAAAUGAGAAAAAGAAAUGUAAAUUUUAUUUGUGACAGAAUAGUAGUAGACGAACAUGACAUCAUAAAUUUUUUUCUGAAUAUCACGCUAAUUGCUCCAGUUACAUGUGUGUUGUUGAGUCUGCUGAUAUUCUUUUCAGUUUUUUGA